CUGGAACCUUUAGUUUGAUAAACACCUGUAUGAACAACAGACACAAUGGAGAAAUGCGUUUUCUUCUUCUGUGUAUUUUCUUGGACUACGCAAACCACAUCCAGUGAUGUGUCAGUACAAGGAUCUUCUGAUCUGCUAACAGUUCAGAAAGGAGAACGCAUCAGUUUGAACUGCAGCAUGAGAAACCGAUAUGAAAUCAACUGGUAUCUCCUCAGAUCUGAAAAACUUGAUCUAUUGAUCUCUGCAGAGAAAGACAAAACAGGAAGACGACUCCUGAUCAACUACAAUCCAUACAUUACUCGACUGAAAAUGACUGCAGACACUUGGGUCACCAGAGCCACACUGGUUAUUUCUGGAGUAACAGAGUCAGAUUCGGGUCUUUAUUUCUGUGGAACAAAGUCUGACGCUCCAGAGAUGUUCUUCGACAAACCCAUCAGACUAGAGAUCAAGGGUCUUACUGUAGUACAAGAGACAAAAGAAGAAGCUGACAACACAGAGACACAAAACCGCAGAGACGCGUUUCAACUCAAGUGGAAAGAUGAAAUGACAAGGUUUCACAGCAGUCAUGUGACCCGUUCAGCUCUAACAGCUGAUCUGAGGUCAGAUUUCACCUCCCAUCAAAUUAGGCUACAUGAUAGAGCUGUCAGGAUGAACUGCUUGUAUCUUCUGCUGUUCUUGUGCCUUCUCAAUUACAGAGUAACCUCCACUGAACUUGUGAUAGAGCAAAGAGGUGGCUAUGUCAUACUGCCAUGUGACUAUGAGGAGAGUGAGAUUGCUGAAAUUGGGUUCAGUCGGUCAGAAAACAGCACUGUUUGUUGGAACAAAGAAUGUGAAAGUGACCGAAUAUUUAAAAAAGAAAACCAUGACAUCGUCAUCAAGAAUCUGAGCUUCAGCGAUGCUGGGAAAUACAUUUUGAGAUGCAGUUACAUUAAUAAUCAAUCAGAGCUGGAGCAACAAAACAGAACAUACCAACUUCAUAUUCAUGAUGAAGUUUCAGUGAAAAUCGGUGAGGAACUGAAGUUGGAUGUUCUGUUGCCAAACACUGAUAAAGUGCAACAUCAGGGCAGAAGAAGCACAGGGUGGAAGGAGGAUUGGAGCAGAACCGAUGGAGUUCAGAGCGAACGACUGACCAUCAGAGAUGGCAACCUGAUCAUUAGUAAUUUUACAGCCAGAGAUGCAGGAACAUAUAUAGUUCUGGACUCUAAAGGAAACAUCAUGAUCAUGGUGACAGUCAGAGUAUCCUCUACAGUGUCUAGUACAGAGUUGGAGUUAAAGGGAAAACUGAACUACACAGGUUAUGACAAACCUAAUUACAUUACCAAACAACAAAGAAUGCCCACUACAUCUGUAAUAGGGCAAAAAGGAGGCUAUGUCACACUGCCAUGUGAACACGAGGACAGUGAGAUUACCGAAAUUGGGUUCAGUCGGUCGGAAAACAGCACUGUUUGUCAGAACAAGGAAUGUGAAAGUGACCGAAUAUUUAAUAAAGAAAACUGUGGCAUCAUCAUCAAGAAUCUGAGCUUCAGUGAUGCUGGGAAAUACAUUUUUAGAUACAGUUACAUAACUAAUCAAACAAUGCUGGAGCAAAUCAGGACAUAUCAACUUUGUGUUGAUGAUGAGAUUUCAGUGAAAAUCGGUGAGGAACUGAAGUUGGAUGUUCUGUUGCCAAACACUGAUAAAGUGCAACAUCAGGGCAGAAGAAGCACAGGGUGGAAGGAGGAUUGGAGCAGAACCGAUGGAGUUCAGAGCGAACGACUGACCAUCAGAGAUGGCAACCUGAUCAUUAGUAAUUUUACAGCCAGAGACGCAGGAACAUAUGAAGUUCUGGACCCUGAAGGAAACAUCUUGAUCAUGGUUAAAGUCUCAGUAUCCUCUACAGUGUCUAGUACAGAGUUGGAGUCAAAGGGAAAACUGAACUACACAGGUUAUGAUAAGCCUAAUGACACCAAACAGCAAAGAACCACUGCUGUACCUGUGAAAGGAGAAAAGGGAGGCAAAGUCACACUGCCAUGUGAAUAUGAGACCAAUACGAUUUUUCACACUGAUUUAAUCAGUGAGUCAGAAGACACCUCUGUCUGUCAGACUGAACAAUGUAUGUGUAGAGUAUUUAAACAAGGAAACUGUGACAUCGUCAUCAAGAAUCUGAGCUUCAGUGAUGCUGGGAAAUACAUUUUGAGAGUCUAUUACCGCAAUGAUCAGGGAGUCCUGGAGCGACAAACCCAAGAGUACAAACUUCAAAUUCUUGAUAGUAUUUCUGUGAAGACAGGUGAGGAGCUAAAGAUGGAUGUUCUGUUACCCAACGCUGAUAAAGUGGAGGCAAACUCUGGUGGAGAGUGGAGGAAGGUUUGGAAAAGAGGCCACAGGGUCUGGAGAGAGCAAAUGAUUGACAGUGAUGGGAACCAGAUCAUUAAAGUGUUUAAGGCCAAUGAUGCAGGAACGUACAGAGUUCUGGACUCUGAAGGAAACAUCUUGAUCACAGUGACAGUCACAGACAACACAGAUAAAGGCGAAACUGAUGACACUCAACAAAGUCAGAAAUGGAUUUUGUCAGUUGGAGUGUGUUUGGGAAUUCUGGCUCUGGCUGUGAUUGUGACUACUGUCAUCAUAUGGCAGCAUCGGCAAAGAGAUUACAUACAAGUGCAAGGACAGGAGAAUACAGAGCUCCCAGAGCUAUUAGUGGGAAACCAUAAUGACCUUAAUUAAAUGUAAUUAAACUGCACAGAGGCCCUGAACACCUACUAGUAAGACCUCUGGUUACUUGUAACUUAACAGCAACAUGAUUCUGUCGACAUAUACCUUCAAGUGUAGGUGUGAUAUGAUUGUUUUCUUACAUCAUUGUCUGUGUGUAUUAUUUAACUUACUCUAGAAGCAGCACAAUGUUUGGUGGACACUCUGUUCUUAAUUAUACUGUGUUAAUAGGUGUUAGGAUUAAACAAG